ACGUGCAUGCCAUGUCCGCCCCAGCCUUCGCCGCGCACAGCCGCUUUGUUAGCAGCGUUUUUUGUCCGCGAAUGUGUUGCACCAAGAAGCGAGGCAUCGCAUUUAUGAUGUGACAGAUGGGACUCCAUUGUGCAAAAGACGCACGACUCACCAAAAUGACCUCCAGCGUCACACGUCGAGCGGUUGCGUACGGCAACACGGAGCAUCAGGAUGAAGAAGAAGGCUCGGCAGCACCGGGCGGCGGUGCCUCAGAGACCGCCGUCCCCAAUCAAGCCUUCGCCCAACAAGCAGAUCCUGACAUACGAGCAGGCGCAGCGCUUGGUGGAGUUCGAGAUGGACGGUUGCAUCCACCGCCUCAGCAUCUACGACAAGCUGCAGGUGGUCUGUGAUGACGACCCGGUCGUCCGGGAGAUGAUGGAGUGUCUCAGCAACAAGGAGAACGCCGACAAGCCCCAGCAGCCGGUCCUCCUUCGGUCGGUGCGGCUAAAAAACAACAAGGAGAAAAAGAUCGCCGCUCUCGGCCUUUUGGGGCACGGCGAAGAAGGCGGCCAGCCGCCGGGUGGGCAUCCUGGCCCAAAGCUUCCUGAGCCUAAAUUUCGCACUGUGGAAUAUAAUCUCCCUGCAGUUCCUAGACGCCCGGCGUCUUAUUAUAAAUUAAUUGAAAAGACAGACGAAGAACUCGACGAGGAGACGGAGUAUGACAUGGACGAGGAGGACUACGCCUGGCUGGAUUUGGUCAACGAAAAGCGCAGAAGCGAAGGCAUCAGCCAGGUGUCGCACAAUGUUUUCGAGUUCCUCAUCGACCGCUUUGAGAAAGAACUGCACCUGGAAAGUCUGGAUCAGGCCAGCGAAAAGCAAGCCCCCGUCGACGAGGACGCCGUCUGCAGCAUCUGCAUGGAUGAAGAGUGUCACAACAGCAACGCCAUCCUCUUCUGUGACAUGUGCAACGUAGCAGUGCACCAGGAAUGCUACGGUGUGCCGUACAUUCCCGAGGGCCAGUGGCACUGCAGGCACUGCCUCCAGUCACCCACCCAACCCGCCGGCUGCAUCCUCUGUCCCAACAAGGGCGGCGCGGUGAAGAAGACAGACGACGAGCGCUGGGGCCACGUGGUGUGCGCCCUUUGGGUCCCCGAGGUCGGCUUCUCCAACACCACCUUCAUCGAGCCCAUUGACGGCGUCAGCCAAAUCCCCCCAGCCCGCUGGAAGCUGACGUGCUACAUCUGCAAGGAGAAGGGCGUCGGCGCCUGCAUCCAGUGCCACAAAGCGAACUGUUACACCGCCUUCCACGUCACCUGCGCCCAAAAAGCCGGCCUCUUCAUGAAGAUGGAGCCCAUCCAGGAGGUCACGGACACGGGAGAGGCCACCUUCUCCGUCAAGAAGACGGCCUACUGUGGAGCGCACACGCCCAACGGCUGCGUAAGGAGGCCAUUGUCCAUCUACCACGACGCAAAACCCAAAAACGGACUUUGUAAAAAACUGGACAAAGGGAGAGGAGACGAGAAAGGACAGCCGAAAGGAAAACUGAAGAAGAAGAGCAAGGGCAAAAAGCCAGAGCCCAAAGAGGAAGUCGAGGCCGCGAUUCCUGCCGUGGUUCCUACAUUUCCAGCACACAGGUUACAAACCAUCCUAAACCAAGUGUCCAUACAGAAGAAAAAGGCCUUCGUGGAGCUGGUUUUGAACUACUGGACGCUGAAAAGACAGUCCAGAAACGGGAUGCCGCUCAUCAGACGCCUCCAGACCAGCCUACAGUCCCAAAAGAACGCACAGCCGAGGCAGAACGAGGAGGAAAGCAGGUCGUUGAAGGAGCAGCUGAAGGAGUGGCACCGCCUCCGACACGACCUGGAAAGGGCCCGGCUGCUGCUGGAGCUGAUCCGCAAGAGGGAGAAGCUAAAGAGGGAAGAGAUCAAACUGCAAGAAACCCUCCUGGAGAUGCAGCUCACGCCGUUCAGCAUUUUGCUCCGAGUCCUCUUGGACCAACUCCAGGCCAAAGACCAGGCCAGGAUCUUUGCCCAGCCUGUCGACGUUAGUGAGGUGCCGGAUUACCUGGACCACAUCAAGAACCCGAUGGAUUUCUCCACCAUGCGCCAGCGCGUUGAUGCCCAGUGCUACAACAACCUCGACCAGUUCGAGGCCGACUUCAACCUCAUCGUCAAUAACUGCCUGAAGUACAACUCGAAAGACACGUACUUCUAUCGAGCCGCUGUCCGACUCAGAGAUCAGGGCGGGGUCUUGCUCAGAAAGGCGAGACGGGAUGUGGAGAAAAUCGGCUUCGACGCGGAGAGUGGUGUUCACCUGGCAGAAGCUCCCGAAGUCAAAGCCUCGCCCUCGUUUUCUUGGGAAGAUGUGGACCGUUUGCUGGUUCCAGCCAAUCGGGAGCAUCUGCCCCUUGAGGAGCAGCUGCAGCAGCUCCUGGAGAAGUUCGACCUCACUUGCGCCAUGAAGUCCAGCCCGUCGCGCAGCAAACGCCUCAAGCUUCUCAAGAAGACCAUCAACGACGUGCGUAACGAAAUAAGCCUGAAGAAAGUAGUGCCGUCGAGUCACCACUGCUCCUCUUCGGCGCCGACGUCGUCAUCAGCUCCCAAGCUUCCAGAACCGGAGAAACCCAAAGACCAGGAGGUCAAGUCCAACGGCCAUUUUCCAGAAGAUGAAGCGGACAAGUCUCUUCCUCCUAAACUAGAGCCGUCAGAUGCCACGCCCCCCCCCAUCCACUCUGACUCAGAUCCCGGACCCCCCACCCUCAAACCAGUCGACGCAGCCCCAAACCGGGAGGACAAGGCCCACAGCAAGCGGGCAAAGCUGGACGCAGAGUUACCGGACCUGCUGUCCUUUCCCCCGCGCCUCAACGGCCACUCCCACGGCGGGCUGGCAGUGCUGGACGCAGAUGUGAGCGUGAUCGCCACGUCCACACUGGCCCAGCCCACAGGCACGGUCAACCGUCGGACUUCUGUUCUCUUCCAAAAGUCCAAAACCGCCAGCCCCCAGGCUUCCUCCAAUAGCGGAGGGGAGGAUUCGGACAGAGCGGCCGGGAAAGACAACGACGGCGAAGAGGAGGGAGACAGCGAGCCUCUGAGCUCCAAAUCCAUCCUGUCUGUGGUCAUACCGCGGCUGGAGACACUGCUUCACAGCAAGAAGAGGAAACGCAGCGACAGCAGAGAAGACGAGGAAGGGCAGGCCGACGACGAAGACGAGACGAAGGCUCCCAUGAAGAAGCUCGACAGUGGUCUGUCCAGACCGCUUGUGGAGAAGGAGAAAAGGCUGGAGCAGAACAGCCGGGCCGUGGAGCCGCGCAGACGCUGCGCCUCCGAGUCCUCUAUAUCUUCAUGCAACAGCCUGCUGGGAAGCACCCUUCCCAGUCUCCCGAAAUGCGGGAAGGGCAAACCCGCUCUGGUCCGAAGGCACACGGUGGACGAUAAGAGCGAGCUCAUCGCCUGCAUCGAAACGGGAAACUUUGCGAAAGCCGCCCGGAUUGCAGCAGAGGUUGGCAACAGCAACAUUUGGAUGCCUGCUAGUGCUGCAACCGUUGCAUUGGAACCCCUAAAGCUAGUUUGGGCCAAAUGUAGUGGAUACCCCUCCUACCCCGCCCUGAUUAUCGACCCCCACAUGCCUCGUGUCGGCUGUCAGCACAACGGGGUUUCCAUCCCCACCCCCCCCAUGGACGUGCUGCGCAUCGGAGAGCAGAUGCAGUACAAGGCCGAAGAGAAGCUGCACCUCGUCCUGUUCUUCGACAACAAGCGCAGCUGGCAAUGGCUUCCUAGAUCCAAGAUGGUUCCUCUGGGGAUGGACAAAACCAUCGACAAAAUCAAAAUGAUGGAGGGACGCACGUCCAGCAUCCGAAAGGCCGUGCAGAUCGCCUUCAGCCGCGCCAUGAACCACCUGAGCAUCGUCCAGGACGAGCCCGUCAGCGAUCUCAGCGACGUGGACUGACAGCCGUCCUCUGGCGCCCUCUGGUGUCCCACACACAAACAACUCAACCCCCUCCAACAUGGAACGAAUGUGUCUGAGCCCCCUCCCCCCACAGCUCCGGGUGGUCACUGUGUCGAGAAAAGUCCUCACUCCUGUGACUUUUCAUCAUUUCAACACAAAAAGUACUUUUUAUUCUCACGAAAUCAGUUAGAAGUUUCAAGAAGCCAACUAUGAAGUAUUUUCAUUCAUUUCAAUUAUUACAAGAAUUGUACUUUCAAGGCGGCUUCAUUUCCUUUUGUUUUCUUUUUGUAUUUAAGCUGUAAUGAAUCUGUAUAGCGAUGUGACACUAACUUAUUUUGUAGUGUGGACAUUCAUGGGUACUGUACAGGUCCUUCGGUAGUAUUUAUACCUCUUGGCACAAAGGUGUGCCGUGUGACCAAGAAUAAAGAGGGAAACAACAUUUGACUUCCUUGGCGGAAAGGAAAUUCGCUGUCUUUGUUUUUGCAGAGUAAGAAAGUGCUGCUUUUUUUCUUUUUUCUUUUUUUUAUAAAUAUAUAUAUAUACUGUUUAAGUUAUUGAAGUUUAUAUGAUAACCCUUCCUUUUUGGCAUUAAUCAUUUGUAUUGAGAAUAGUCUUAGUAUAUUUUUGUCGAAAUAUAUUUAUAUCAUUUGAAUAUUCAACGUGUGCAUCUCGGACGCAUGCAGCCGAACAACGAGGAGGCGGAGCUUGUUCUGACAAAACCAAAAAUAGUGCUACCCAGAAGUGUUUUGUUUUUUUUCUGUCUGUCUGUUUAAUGUGAAGCUGAUCUAAAAAAAAUUGAAAGAAAAGCUAAAAAAGAACAAACAAAAAAAAACAAAAAACUAAGCAUUAGUUUGUUUUUAUGUCAAACAUUUGACUGUUACCUGAUUUUUCUGUCGUGGUAAAGAAAUGUGCCUGCGUUAACUUAUUGUAAAGUAUUCACAGUACUUUAUAUACCACAAAAGAAAUUCAUGUGACAAAGUGUCACAUUUUGUGCUGGAUGCUUGCCUUUUUUUUAAUAUAACAUUUUUUUUCUCUUGUAGAUUUAGACAUUGAAACAUUUCGUUCUUCUUUCUUUUCCAUACGGUUGUCCAUAUUCUCUGGGUAGCAUGGGGUAGGUUUUUGUAUAUUUCCUUUUGUACUUUAGUGAGUGGGAAGGGUUUUUAAAUGGGACUACAAAAAAAACAAACAAAAAAAACACCAGGACUGUUUUUUUUCUACCAAAA